CAGUAAUUUCUAAGACGGAAGUGAUUGUAACGAUCCGACCUACAGAAGCAGUACAUAAGCACUGUACACUGUUGUGUAAGGAACACAUAGCGAUGGAAGUUCUGUAGCUUCAUGGGUUUGUGGAAAAAUUACUCAGCGUCGAUGCUGCUGCCAUGGCGAUCCCUGCCUCAGUGUGUGGCAGUGGGAAGACGUGCUGCCUCUUCAGUUCCUGUCGGCGCACUAGACUUUGUUCCAUCCAGCAGCUCGGCAGACAGGAGCUCGUUGGAGCAGCUCCAGACGUUCGUAUCACAAGCCUCACGUCUCUUUGUGUUAACUGGAGCAGGUAUGUCGACUGAGUCAGGAAUCCCUGACUAUCGUUCAGAACGUGUGGGGCUAUAUGCACGCACAAAUCGCAGGCCAAUGCAGCACACCGAGUUCAUGUGCAGUUCCAGGGCUCGGCAGCGCUACUGGGCCCGCAAUUAUGUGGGCUGGCCGCUGUUCUCUUCCCACCUGCCAAAUUCAGCUCACUAUACCCUGAGGGACUGGGAGGAGAAAGGCAAAGUUCACUGGCUUGUCACUCAAAACGUGGAUGCUUUACAUUCAAAGGCAGGACACCAGAGACUGACUGAGCUUCAUGGCUGUUCACACAGGGUGGUGUGUAUGGGCUGUGGGCAGCUGACUGCACGGAAGGAGAUGCAGAAGCGUUUUGCUGCACUGAACCCUGGCUGGGAGGCAAGCGCAGGCGAGGUGGCACCGGACGGAGACGUGAUGUUGGCGGAUGAACAGGUGCUGCAGUUCAGGGUUCCCUCCUGCCAGUCCUGCGGUGGCAUCCUUAAGCCUGCUGUGACGUUUUUUGGUGACACGGUGGACCGAGCAACUGUGCAGUUUGUGCAUGAGAGGCUGGCUGAGGCUGAUGCUGUGCUUGUGGCUGGAUCCUCACUGCAGGUGUAUUCUGGGUACCGUUUCCUGUUAGCAGCCAGCGAGAGACGACUCCCAGUGGCCAUUGUGAACAUUGGUCCUACGAGAGCUGACCACCUUGCUGAGCUUAAAGUGAGCGCUCGAUGUGGAGAAGUGCUGCCAAUCCUCAGUGUCAGCUAAGACCAAGAACAGCCAAUGCAUGGAACAUUUUCCCCACUUUCAGUGGUACUGAAACUCAGAAACCUUGGCAUGACGACUUAUAAAAAUUGUUGGACUCUACCUCACUGUGCAAUGAUGGGAAGAAUACAAACUGACUUAAUUAUCUAUUAUUGCUAGCAAUAGCCAUGUUUUAAAUGAUCUAGCUUGUUUCAUUUACUUUAACCCACAUGAUUGAAAAGAACGAAUGUUAGAAGGGAAAAUGUAGAGGGUAGAGGGUUUUUAAUGCAGAGAGACCUUAUAAGACUUGAUAACUGUCACUCCUUUUUUUAACUGUUCUAUUAACUGCAACUCAGGGUAACUCGAGUGAAAGUCAGAAAUGUGUAUUGUUAUUAGGCUUUUUAACUGUAGUGAUGGAAUGUUUUUAAUUAGUUUACUGCCUACUAAAUAGGACUAACUGAUGGGUCACUGGACAUUAGCCUUAAUUCAUGUUAAAGUACAUGCAAACUGUUUUAAAAAUAAAAUAACAUUUGCGGUGGAUUCAUAUGAUAAUACAGAGAGUUAGCUGUUUGUGGUUGCAUAGUCUCAUAUCUGAUAUUCAGCUCAUUAUCUCAUUGUUGAGUAAUACUCAAUAUUUAGGACACAUGUAUGCAUUUAGGCUUGUACCUCUGAACUUUAAAAUGUGAUUUGUAAAUGGUUAACUGCUGUUCAAUGGCUAUUUCUGGUUUUUGGGUCAAAUUUUGGGUUAAAAAAAGAAACCUUUAAUAAUUAAAAGCCUUUCUUUGUAUUUCUGCAAAAAAUAUAAAUAAAUAAAUUUGGGGAGAGUUAGAUUUCAAUAAAUAAGCUCGAAUAAACUUGAACCUGUGGCAAAUGCCAUAAGAACAA